AUGAAGUCCUUCAUCGCCUUCUGCUCUGCAGCCUUCUUCUUUUACCUGGCACUCGGUCAGAGCACCGCAGGAUCGGGUACGACGUUUUGGCAAGCCGCGGUGCCGUCGAGCACCGCUCCAAGCACUUGGACCCCGAGCACGCCGGCUCCUCCUGGCCAGGCGCUGUGCGGGCAAGGGUUUACUUAUUGCGGCUAUAUCUUGAGGGAUCAUCAAAACUUUAAAGAAGAAGAUGUAGUCAAAGCCUACUGCGCCGCGUCCAAGAGUAACUGCGCCAACGGCAAAACCAAAACCGACCCCAUCCAAGCCCUCUACGUCUGCCUCCCCGCCAACGCCAACCCAAAGGAAAAGGAAAAGGCAAAAGACUCCGCCAUGUCGCCGAACCCUCACUACGACGACGCAUCCACUCCCGUAGUAUCAUCCGGCAAAUCCAUCUCCACUCUCUCCCGGUUCUUCAACAUCUUAUCUUCGCGCACGCACAUAAACCAUGCAGUUCAUGAGAAUAUGGAUAGCACCACCGGAAAGAUGAUGCAAGCGAGACAGGCGUCAUCGUCGUCAAACACGACGAACGCAGGGAAUGAUGGUGGUGGUUGCAAUACGCUGGCUACGUCGGGGAAUAGGAUUGAGUUGUUGUGCGCCUGUAGUGGGAACUGUCUGAAUCCGGUGUCGGAUCAUAUUGGGAGGUGUGACCAGUCUUGCUAG